AUGAAGGCGGCUACGACGACUAGGAUGGUUCUGUUUGAUGCCUUUGACACGAUUCUCAGGCCCAGGCAGCCCAUACCUAAUCAAUACGCCCAUGUUUUCCACAAACACGGAAUCAAUAUCAAUCCAGACGUCAUCAAGUCUUCCUUUAAAGUUGCGUUUGUACAAUUGAACGAGAAGGCUAGUAACUACGGCAAGAGUAUUGCCUGGACACCCAAUCAAUGGUGGUCUACUCUUAUCAGAAUGGUGAUAGAGGAUAACGUCAGCGUAGCAGACAUUAAUAAUACUUCUCUGCAAGUUAUUCAGAAUGAGCUACUUACUCGAUUCGCAAGCUCGGAAGGUUAUGAGCCAUUUGAAGGAUCCUAUGAAACACUAUCAUCCAUAAAAAAGUCUGGGUUAAAAUGCGGUUUGGUAUCCAAUUCCGAUGAGAGAAUAGUAUCUGUACUUGAAUCUCUUCACCUACGUCACUUUUUCGACAAAAUUAGCCUGUCGUAUAACGUCGGCUGCGAGAAACCGGAUAUUAACAUAUUCAAACACGCUCUUCACUCAAACAUACGUCCGGAGGAGGUUCUUUUCGUGGGUGAUGAAUACAAAGCCGACUACCUGGGAGCGAUGCACGCUGGAAUGCAUCCUUUACUUUUCUAUAGAGCAGAGUAUCAUAAACCGCUUCAACAAGACGUGCUAUCAAACAUAAAUUACGUGCAAAAUAUUCCAGAUGUACUUUCAUAUAUUAAAACCUGA